AUGAGCAUUCUAAUGCUUCCAUGGUUAGCUCAUGGUCACGUAUCACCCUACCUAGAGCUAGCCAAGAGGCUGGCGGAGAAAAAUUUCCACGUCUACUUCUGCUCAACCCCGGCAAAUCUCGUCUCUAUCAAAACCAAAAUACCUAACAAAUAUUCUGAUCACGAAAAUCACUCUCUUGGCAUUAUUGAACUUGUGGAGCUUCAUCUUCCCGAGCUACCCGACCUUCCUCGCCAUUACCACACCACAAAUGGCCUCCCACCACAUCUCAUGCCGACUCUCAAGAAGGCCUUCGACAUGUCAAGCCCGUCUUUCGAGAAAAUCCUCGAUGAUCUCGAGCCGGAGUUGCUCAUUUACGACUUUCUUCAGCCAUGGGCUCCGACGCUGGCUUCUCAGAGGAACAUUCCCGCGGUCGAGUUCUUGAGCUGCAGUGCGAGCAUGACUUCGUUUUGUCUUCAUUGGAGGAGCAAAAGAGGCGUUGAGUUUCCUUUUCCGACGAUUCAUUUGAAGGGUUAUGAAGUUAGUGGCUUCAACAAUCUGCUUGAGUCGUCGGCGAAUGAUGUCAAGGACAAAGAUAGGGUACGGCGGUGCAGUGAACAAUCUUGCACUAUUGUUUUGGUGAAGUCUUUUUCUGAUGUUGAAGACAAAUACAUCGACUAUCUUUCUGUUCUGUUGGGUAAAAAGAUUGUGCCGGUCGGUUCGCUUGUUGAUGAUGGCAAAGAUUCCAACGAUUUACAAGAUUAUAAUAAUGUGAUAAAAUGGCUCGAUAGCAAGGAAAAGUCUUCGGUGGUGUUUGUCUCCUUUGGAAGCGAGUAUUUUCUGUCCAAAGAUGAGAUGAGAGAGAUAGCUUAUGGUUUAGAACUCAGUGGAGUGAGUUUCAUUUGGGUUGUUAGAUUCCCAGUGGGAGAGAAAAUGAACAUUGAAGAAGCCUUACCAAAUGGUUUUCUCAAAAGGGUUGAAAGAAAGGGAAUGAUAAUAGAGAAAUGGGCACCCCAAAGAGAAGUUCUCAAGAGCAAAAGCAUUGGCGGGUUUGUGAGCCAUUGCGGUUGGAGCUCUGUAAUGGAGAGCAUGAAAUUUGGGGUUCCUAUAAUAGCAAUGCCAAUGCAUCUUGACCAGCCUAUUAACGCAAGAUUGGUGGAGGAGGUUGGUGUAGGUUUUGAGGUUGAGAGAGACGAGAACGGGAGGAUUCAGAGUGAGGAAUUGGCGAAGGCGGUUCGAAAGGUGGUGUUGGAAAAAAGCGGGGAGAGUGUGAGGAACAAGGCAGUGGAAAUGGGGGAGAAAAUGAGGAGGAGAGGAGAUGAAGAGAUGGAAGAAGUGGUGAAGGAGCUUGUGCAACUUUGUGGGAAAGAAAACUUGCAGUUCAAUGUGUAG